CGUGCAUAAUAUGAAUAUUUUUUGUCUACAAUAAUGUCAAGUAUAAUUUAUUCUUGGGUGUCACAUGAAUUGAACCUACAUGGUCAACCACUGGAGAAGUUAUUUGCAAACGGUUACUAUUUGGGAAAGCUUUUGCACAAAUAUAACAAAUUUCAGAAAUUCUAUCUUCUAAAAAAUUCCAGCUCGCCGGAAUCGGUCAUUCAAAACUACUCUUACCUCCGAUCAGCACUCCACGAAAUGGGAAUAAAUAUUGAUGCACACCUAAGCCAUGACAUAAUCACCGAAAAAUCUGGCAGUAUACAACAAGUUCUGUACCAAAUUUACGUUAUAUUAAGUGGUGUGGAUGGUUUCAACCGAUAUGAUACCAUUGACUUCAGUAAUAUCGAGCAUACACAACUGAAUACUCUCCAAAAUCUAUCUUACAAGAAUCAAUUAAAGCAACUCAUUCCGAAACAAUCCGAUGUUAGUUUGGCGCAAAUUCUGUCACGUUAUGAACGACAAAUGAAAAUAAAUGAGAAGCGAAUUAAAGAAGCUGAUUUAAUGAACACAUUAGAAAAAGAUGCUCUCGUCCAAAAACGUCGAAAUUCAAGACUUCAAAGAAGUCGUGACUUGCGUAUGAUGCAAUCUGAAUUAAUGGCCAAAUUAGAAGCAUCUAUCAUCAAUUUACCAAAAGCUGCUCGGAAUAAACUAACAACUAAAAGUAUGGACAGGCAACAAUCCAAGCAAACACAUACAAAUAGUAUCAGUUUAAAGGAGUUGGAUGAAUUUGACUCGCGUAAAGAGAAAUGUGAACUGUAUAACGGUGAUGUAUCAAAAACUGGAGAUAAAUCUAGCGAACAAUUAAGUCCAAAUUUAACACUUAACACCUCAACAGACGAUUUUAAUAAAGCGACAAUGAAUUAUAUGAAACAAAUUCAUAAAAAAGUUCACGAAGAGAAAAAAGCAAUAUCUGAGCGUCAAAAAAGACGAAGACGAGUUAUUAUGGAUAUACUGGAAGCAAAUCACAUUCGACAAGAGGAAAUCAGAUCAGAGCAAAUUAUGCAACGAUUAUCACGUCAGUCUCACUUAGAAAGUCGUAUUUCUGUGCAAUUAGAACAAAUUAAACAAGAAAAAUCAAUAAUUUUGGAAAAUCGUCUUGAAAGAGAGCGACAAUAUGAAACUAGAAGAGAAUUAGAGUUUCAAUUAGCAAUGGAUCAUGAAAGGGAAAUGCUGCUUCAGCAAAAAAAGGAAGAAAAAGAGAAACUUACGAUAUUAAAACAACUUUGGUUUGAACAAAAAGCUAAACGACAACAAGCUUCUUAUAAGCGUCAUUAUGAAUUUAUUCAAAACGAUAUCAUACCAUUAUUAUUACAAUUUGUUAUGAAUGUUGCUGAAUAUCGGAUGUUCACAGGGAAGCUAAUUCCAUUAAGACUUUUCCGUCAAUGGAAAAUCGAAUUCGUAAACGGUCUGUUAGUGAGCGAAACAUCAUCAACAGAAGAUCAAACAGACGAUCCUGUUGAAGAAGAAAUGUCGAAUGUGGCUAACCAACUUAAAUUAGAAAAGAAUCAAAUCAUCGAAAAUCAACAAGAAUUACUAGAUGAUUGUGAUUUGGAUGAGUAUCAAAAUCUUACUGGCGAUUGGGACCUAGACAAAAUUGGUACACUCUGUAUGAAAUCACUGCCGAAUGAUUUAAUUCCGCAUGUACAAGGUAAACCAGUUGAAUGGAUCGACUUCAAAGAUGAAUGUAAAACAAGCGAAUUCAAACUACCAAAUGAUAUCAAUUUAAUAAAAACCAAUCCAGUUUUAGAAUGGAUAAUUAAACGUUUAUAUAAACUUAAUUUUCCUCCAACCACAUUUAAUUCUCUGAUGAAUGAAAUGCGUUCAGAUAAAGAGGCCAAAGCUGAUUUACAUUGUCGAACAGAUGAUCUGCGUGAUACUCUAUAUGAAAUCAUUGAUGAAACAAAACAAGCUAACGAAGAUCGUUUGAAAAUUUUACUUGAUAUACCUGGUUGGUUUACAGAUCAUCAAAGAUUGUUGAUUAAUUUAUAUUUAUCAUUAUUUCAAAUUGAAUUAACACGUUUUCAAGAGAAUGCACAAUUAAUAAAGGAUUAUUAUAACGUUAUGGAAGCUAGACCUCAAACAAUUGAAAAUGAAUCAAUUCAAGCUUUAGCGGGAACAAUCGACGCAAGUCACAUUGAAUAUACACGAAUACCAUUAAUUAAACUUCCUGAUGAAAUUGUAGAAAAUGAUGAUAGUUCUGGAUCGCGUAAAAGUACAUCAACAAGACAAAAUUCUUCAAGGUCUAGUUCAAAUAAAUUGAAUAAAUCAAAAUUAGCAGAUUCAGGCAACGCUGUUUUGUCAAAAUAUUCAACGCCAAUUGAUACGAAAUUUGAAAUUUUACCGAGUGAAUUUCGUAGUCAAAUUAAUUUAUUGAAUCAGAAUUCAUCAUUACAAGAAAUAUUUGCAGCAUUUAGUAAAAAUGGCUUACCUUUGAUUAGUCAGACUAUUUCAACCAAUCCACCAAAUCAAAAAGGAGCCAAAUCUGGUGCUGUUAAAGCAAAUUCAAUUCAAGAAAAAGUGACCAUGACAAAUCCAAUCAAUCUUCUUCUAGACAAACCGACUCCAUCAACAGAUCCAUCAAUUCAAUUCUUAUAUAAUGUUUUUUUAGGUGUUAUGCAAACUAUUUUGAAUCAGGUACAAACAGAACGGAAGUCUAGAGCGAGUGAAGCUAUGUUGGAUGGUUAUACAGUGGAAUUACUGCUUAAGCCUACAGAUACAAAAGGUGGCAAAUUAAGUUCAGCAGAUAAAAAUAAAGGUGGGCAACCUCGUAAAGGACAAAGAAAAUCGUUGGUACCUAAGGAAAAGGGAUCUAAACCUGAUGAACAAGCAACUACUCCAGUAGAACUAACUGAAGAAGAUCAAAAGGCUAGAGAAGUUAGGCAACAUAUUAGAGAAGAACAUAUAGCUGCGCUAGAAAAAGAAGCCGCUAAAACUGCCUUUCGCUUAACAAUAAUAAGGGCUCAAGGAUCAGCCGUCCUAUCAGAUUUACAGGAAAAGUUUUCCCAGUUAAGGCAAUUUAUGACAGACUGUAUUGGAAUUAAAACACUUAAAGAACAUGAUGCUGUGAAUAACGCACUUGAAGUUAUUCGAUAUAUGAUUGAAAAAGAACAGAAACUUCCAGAAAAAAUGAUAUUAGACGGUGAACAAUUCUACAUUGAUGAAAGUGGUACUACUUCACCUAUUUCUAAUGAUUCAUUAUUGAUGGAAAAACUUCGAAUUAAUUCACCAGUUAUAAAUAAACCAACGGAAUCCGAACCCCAAUAUUUUAAUCUUAGUCAGUUAAAAUAUCUAUAUGAUAAAUUUUCAACUCUUAGCCAAACAGGAUUUAUUGACGUUGUUAAUUUUAAAAGUAUAUUGAAACCAACACUUACAGAACGCUUUACUGAACUAACUAGCUCAUGUUCUACCGACACAUUAAAUGAAUUGUUAACAUGUUUUGUUUAUAAGUAUCGUUUAUUAUUUGAAACAAAUUCUGUGAAAAGUUCAACUAUUACUGAUUAUAACGAUUUGAUUAAAGUAAAUAAUAUACAUGAAAAACAAGUUUAUUACAUUGAUUGGCGUCAAUUUUUAUUAGCGGCUUGUCAGCCAGCUAUUACAUAUCAUCAUUCCACUGUAAUUACGCAAUCAAGUCUAGUGGAAUUAUCACAAAGACUCAUGGAAUUAGAUCAAUCAGCCAAACACGAAAAUUUACUCAAUGUAAAAGUUACUCGAGCUCAAUUUCAAUUCGCUUCAUUUAAGUGGUUUCCAGCUGGAGUAAAGCAUUAUGAAGAAUUGCAUGAUUUCAUAUUCAGUAUAUUCACAAAGAAAGUUAUUCAAUCAAGAAUCAACGAAACGUAUCCCAAGACUGAUUCACAAAAUAUAGAAACCUAUAUCAACUCUCAAAAUUACAAAACAUUGUCAAUGGAAGAAACAGUCAAUUGCUCAGAUCUUUUACUAAAUAUAUCACUUAUUCAAGUAAAAUCUCCUUAUGUCGGCUUUCUACGUUGUUUAUCAACACUUCUUGGAAGACAUGUUCCAUAUAUAUCUGUUCACAACCAACUAAUAGUAGAUCGCUGUGAUAUAGAAUACGAAGGAGUACCACAAGAUUGUCCUGAUGAUCCUAUACCUAAAGAAAUUUUGGAAAAGAUUCUAAGCUUUGGUCUAGUUAAUACAAACCAGUGUCGAACUGUUCAUGAUGAUCUGGAAACGUUUCAAGUUUUGGAUGCGUCUGAACCAGGGAAUUCCCUUAUAUCAGAUAAACUUCAAGAUAUAUUUACGAGUCUUGAAAGUAAUGGUCAAUCAUCAACACUCAAGAAUUUAUUACAUAAUAUACAUUUUCAAAAUUUAUUGAUCAGUUCAUUAACACAAUUCAAAGGAAUAGCACCGUUUUCAGAGCCAUGGAUAACAGCAUUACAAACUUACUUUAAUAAUUCAUUUUAAUUAUAGAAAAGAUAAAACAAUUUUAAGGACAUCAAUGGGAAGACAAAUUAUCAAUAACUUUCUGAACCAAUAUUGAAAAGCAUGAGUUUUUUUUUUUCUAAUCUUCACAUGUUAUUUUCGCUUUAUUUAUUGUAGCAAAUUAUUUCAAUAAGAAAUUGUGCUACAUUUUCGGAUUAUCAACGAUAGCUUUUGCUAUUGUUACUAUUAUUCUAC